GGGAAGAGUCACAGGGGUUUAUUAUUGCAGCCUUCUGCUUCACAUGAGAAUGUGCUCACUGUCUUUCUUCAUGGCACUGGCUGCUUUGAUGACCUCAGACCGACAUUUCCACUGUUGAACUUCAGUUGUUCUUUUCACAGUUUUUUUUUUUCCUCUCUCUCUCUCAUUGUUGAUGAGUAUCCAUUACAUGUGUUCUCAUAGUUUUGCUCAGACUGAAAGUUUCAUAUCAAGCAUUAUCAUUUAGUUCUCGCUUGAGGAGUCCCCCUCUUCCUCCUUUUCCUCCUCCUCCUCCUUCUCUCCAUCUCCUUCCAGUCCACUUGUAAGCAGCAGCGCAGAGCCGCUUCAUGUGUGAGCGGAAACACACGGUGCACACCGCAAACCGAGGAGGAUGACAGAGCGAGGAGGUGGUGAAGCUGUCUCUCUGCGAAAGGUCCGCGCGCUGAGUUUAUUUUAAGCUGGCCUUAAGUGAACUGAAAGAAAACAGUGGACCCCCCCUUCUCACCCCCACCUACCUGGAAACCAUUGAAGAACUAAGUGGAUUGAAGAAGGCAGAGAGCAAGUGAGGGAGUCAGAGAGGGAGGGAAGACAAAAAGGAUUAUCAACUAAUCCAGUGCACGGACAAUCCUGAAGGAGCUUUAUCUUUCCUCCAGGACGAUUCAGACAAAACAGUUGCUGGAUUACUGCGCUUUAAUUUAUUGGCCUUUUCAAGAAAGCAUUCUCCUCCUUUUUCCCUCGCUCUGAUUGUUUUCACUGCCUCUCAAAGGUCCGGCGACUUUGGGACGGAGGGACCGGGGAACAAAGAAGCAGGGCGACGGACCUGGUGUCCCACAGACAGGGUGGUGCACACAUGGAUAAACCUCUUUAGUGGGAGACGGUGCAUGGUGGUGGUGGGGGACCCCCCGCGCUCUCUCUCUCUCUCCACUUGAACUUUGAGGAAGACAAGCGCAGAGCAACUUAUUGGAUGAGACAGCGAGGACUCAUUUCCAGUAAGCAACAGAGCAGAGACAGUGCUGUGCUGACAUUCAGCUGUGUUUGGUGAAUUAUUUUCUUUAAAAGCGUGGGGUUUAAACAACAUUACUGAGGGAUCUCAGUCAGAAAUGUAGAUCGUGGUCUCUAAUUGAAAGGAUGAAUUAAUCAUUUGUCACUUGUGUUCUAUCACUGUUUGAGAAGAGUGCAUACAGUGUAGGUGGGAUGCUAAAGUCAGUUUAAAAGGCACACGUGCUAAUCCCUGUAGGCUAACCUGAGACCUAAAUAAUGGCGAGAGGAGAAAACACAGUCUGGUCAAUUACAUUUCUUUAACAGAGUUAUUUAUAAGCUUCAAUGUGGGGUAACAUACUGUCCAGUCUCACUUUGUCUUCCCAAAAAAUUCUGCCUAUGUGAGCUUAAAGGCCUCUUUUAUUAGGUUUGGGUAAAAGGCAAAUUAAACAUACUUAAGGCUUCCUGGUGAGGUGAUCCUCUUAGUGUUGCAAGUUCUCUAUGUCUAAAAAGAUAUAAAACCAAGUGAGCACAGUGUAAACACCAGUCUUUUUUUCAUUGCUUUUGUCACACAGACCAGCUGAGUUGUUUGGCUGAAAUCACAUCUCAGUGUAUUUGCAGUUGUGGCUGGAUUUUGUAUUUCUAAACUGUCAUUUGCUGAACCAAAUCCGAACGGGCGCCCGGUCGGCCCCAAACUCUCCAGCCACAUAAGCUGCGGUAGCCAGAGGAAACUGAGUGCGACCUUUGUAAUUCAUCUUCUCUGUUAUUUUGUCUUGACUGAAGGCUGUCGCUGUGCGGGAGAAGUGAGCUGAGCGUUUGGUCGUUUUAGACAGACGAGAAGUCGAGGGGGGAGAAAGAGGAGAAUUAAAAGGGGACGUAGACGGGGACUGACUCUGCAUCCAUACUGGCAUCUCUCUGUGUAGAUCCAAAAGGGAAACCGUUGGCCGACAGUGGAUGAAUAGUUGGCUACGACUGUGUGGAGAAUGGAUUAUACACACAUUCUCUGCCGACUGAACAACCACAUAUUUGUGUUUUCUGUCCUCACUGUCCCGGCAUUUUAAUUUUUUCCUCUCUCUGGUUUUACAGUGGAUCCUAAACCGGAAUUCAGAUUUGACUGAUAUGUAAUCAGGCGCUCUCCUUUGAAUUAAAGGGAAAUUACACAACUUUUCUGCCACCAUGAGUCUGGGAAAACUGCCAGGGAUUAAGGGCCUUGUGUCUGGCUCUCAGGGGAAACGCCGUUUCAAGAGUGACCUCUCUGUGGACAUGAUCAGCCCGCCGCUGGGCGACUUCCGACAUACAAUGCAUGUUGGCCGUGGCGGGGACGUGUUUGGUGACACUUCCUUCCUUAGCAACUAUGGGGGCAUCAGGGAACCAGGAAGUCCAGACUCAGCAAACAGCUCCAAGACAACCGGGUUCUUCACACGCACCUUUCGACACGUACGGAAGAACUCUGGGCCGCGGCCGCGAGGGGGCUCCCGGGACUUGUCAUCCCCGCCACCAGACAUCUCACCCAUCAUCAAGAACGCCAUCUCCCUGCCCCAGCUGAACAUGGACUCUCCCAAUGGGUGCCUACAGAGGGUGCUGUUUCCCAGCUCUGUCAGCUCAACAGAUGACUCCUUCUGCACAUAUGGUCUGCAGUCUGGAUUCGUCACUCUGCCCCGCAUCUCUCGUCUUGACAGACAGUUUCAAGAUGCAGACGUUAGGAAAGGAUCUCUGCCUGAUGAUGGAGGCAUCGCACUGACACGCUCAGACUCCCUCACCUCGUUCACCGUGGACCUCGGCCCUUCCCUUAUGACCGAGGUGCUCAGCUUGAUUGACAACCCCAGCUGCCUUCAGAUGUCCAAUCACAGCCAGGCAGCAGGUGAUGAAGAUGAAGGAGGAGAUGAGGAAGAUGAGGAUGACAGCUCUCUAACAGAGACGCCUGUGCAGAGCCCUGGGGUAACCUCACCCAAUCCUUCCAUGAGUGGCACAUCAUUUCAGGGGAACAUGAACAACAGGGGGUGCCCUGGUGGCUCUAACUGGACAGAGCAGGAAGAGGACAGGAGGUCUCUGAGGACACCAGAUGCGUCCACCAUGUCUCCACAGAAAGCAGAGCCUGUAAUGGAGGCAGAGAGGUUCCAGAGGGCAGCUGACGUGCUCUCCCGUCAUUAUGGUGGAGGGUCCGUCACAAAGGGAACAAGGAUGAGCAACAACACUGUUUCUCCUUCUUUUUCCUGCAGCCGCAAAACACCGUAUGCCUUUUCUGAGGAGGAGGAAGAGAUCAAAGUCUAGAUGUUGAAACUCUCAUUGAAAGACAGAAGAAACUUGACUGAUCCAAUAAAACAGAAACCUUUUACUGAUGGGAUUUCUAGGUUCAUGUCAAGUCACAGAGGUUUGCAUGAUAUUCUGUUGUUCCUCCACACAAACAUUCCUCCUCUUAACACAUGCACCUACAUGAGGGAGUCACUGAUCCACUACCAGAUCCUGGUCUGUAUUCAGAUUCUGCAGAGAGAAGGUUUGAGGUUGAUCUGGACCCUGGACUUUCCCCUCUCUCUGCAUAACAUUGUUGUGAUAUUAUACAGAUUAUUUAUAGUAGAAACUAUGCCACAGUAGAAGCCAUGGAAGGACUGAAUCUGAAUGAAUCUGUUACUGUCUGAGUGACUGGAGAUGCUGAGGAACAGUCUUUUUUCUCUCUACUUCACCCCAGCUUAUAAACACCUAACACUACAUAAUCAUGAUUCUCAACAACAAAAAACAGCAGUUGGACUAUAUUUUCAUAUUAAUGAAUGUUAUAAAUGUCUGCAUACAUUGUAAAUAUGUUAACUGUCAGUCGAAAAUAAAAUACACGAUUCCCUUUUUUUUUUUUUUUUACAUUUGUACAUGUAAUAUGUAUCGCUCAUUUAUGAGUAUUAGACAUGUUUUUUACUUUAACAGUGUAAUCCCACAUUGUAAGAUAGUCCAAUAUAUAAAACAACUGUUUUUAAUGCGGAUAAUUCCUCUGGUUUCUCUUAUCUGGAUUAAAUUAGUAAAAAUUUA